AUGGCCAGUUCCAAUGGGGACUCAGGAGCCUGCAAGCUCCCUCGUUACGGGGGCGAAGUUGCAGUGGAACCCAAGUCGGCAACUGCUAAGGAACAGGUCGAAAAUUCUUCUUCGAUGAUCCGUUGUUUUUCUUACAUGAGGAGUUUUUACACUCGCAGCCUGUCAUUGGGAUAUCUUUUUGAUCUUCUGAUAAACGGGCUCGGAGAGUCUGACUCGUUUUUGGUAGCCACCUUAGGCAUGAUCAUCUUCAACGUCCUCGACUUCCGGCUGCCACUGGAUGAGGAGCGGAAGCUGAGUCGCCCCCUGGAGCAGCUGAUCGAGCGGAUGACGUCCUCCUACCCCAGAGGGGAGGAAGAUGGUGGAGAGGAGGAGGACGCCGCCUCCCAGAAUGCGGAUGAGGGCAUCGAACAAGAUUCUGGGGAGGAUGAUGAGCGGAUCAUCAUGGAUUUGGAAGAAGAUGGCAAACUGCGGAAGGGGUUCUCUCUCCACCACGUUAUGGAAGUUUGCGCAAGAAAUUUAGUAUGUCCCGAGCAAGCAGAUUCUCAUUACAAAGCCGUCUGUCGAGCUCUCGUGGCCGAAGUUCUGGAGCUUACCACAUUUCUUGAAAAUAUCACAAAUAGAACACAGAUUCUACCAUCAUCUGAUGAUGAGACAGAACACAAAACUCUCGCAAAACUUGGCAUUCAGGAUUGGGCAAGAUUAUGGAUGCAAGUCAUUCACCAAUUAAGGCAGGGUGUUAAGCUCAAAAAAGUGGACCCUACGCACUUUCACCACCCCUUUGAGUUUGAACUUACUCCCUAUGAGAUGCUCCUGGAUGACAUAAGAUCACGGCGGUAUAAACUUCGUCAAGUCAUGGUAAAUGGUGACAUUCCUCCUCGGGUCAAGAAAGACGCACACGCUCUCAUCUUAGAAUUCAUUCGUUCCAGACCUCCUCUAGUUCCAGUAUCCAAGAGGAAAUUACCACCUACUCCACCUAGAACACUUACAUUGUAUGAAAAGUUGAUGGCAUCCAUCAAACAGCAGCACAAAUUGAAACCAACUGUUCAACAGAAUGGAGAGGGGAACAACAAAAGAAAAAUUGAAACAUCAAGAACAAAGCUGGAAGAUUCUGAUGACACUCCUCAACCUCAAAGAAGGCUUAUCAAGCCAGAUAUUAGUUUCGGAUUUUCCUCCAGUUUUGAGGAUUUAGAUGACAUACCUCAGACUCCAAUUGAUGAAUCACUUAGUUCCUUUCCUCUUCAAAACGGCAAAAGUUCUAACACAAAACUUGUCAGGAGUAGUAGUCAUACAGAGUCAUUAGGUUCUGAGAGAAGGCAUAGCAUCAGUGUGUGUGAGUCUCCUCCUAAAUCAGGUGACCAAACGCCACUAGAUGAUAUGGUGCCUGGAGGAAGAAGGCUGCCCUUCCAUGAAUCUUCUAGUCAAUCAAGGUCCGACUAUUGGAAAUCUUCUCAAUGGCAGUCCUUGGAGUGCCUAUCCCUAACAUUAGAAGAAGUGGUGCAUAUAAGGAAUGUUCUCACAAAGGCAGAGCUUGAGUCCGUCAUUGUAGACCAAGCCUUAUACGAGGAUCUCCGAAAAGGAAAGGUGUGCUUCACAUGCAAACAAGUGAGAUUUUUCUUUUUUGGACCUUGGGGUGUCAAAUGCAAACUGUGCGAAAGAACAGUAUGUGAUAAAUGCAGCAGCAAG